AUGGUUCGCAAGGCUGAGCGUCACCGACCCACUCUCGAGAUUAUAAGGCACUGCGAUGGCUCGUUUUCUCAUUUCGCCCUGCAUCUUUGCUGGUUUGGAUUCCUCAUUCUACACGGAUUUUGCCUGGCUUAUUUCUCAACGAUCGCCUGGUGCUACUGGAAUCUGUCGGGGACGUUUCUAGACGUCUGGCUAAACUACUACCACCUUGGCCUCGGUACGAAACACUACUAUUUGAUCGCGAUUGUCCACGGAUGUCUCGCUGCAGUUCACUUGACCUACUUAGUAUGGAUGCUCGGCUGGUCUGUCAAGAAACGAAAACUUGUGAUCGCUGUUUUUAACGUGUUCGGUAGUCCAAACAAGCAUCAAAACGACAAGAAGAGCAGAUUUAUUAGCCGGAUCUACCACGCCACUCUCGCUCAAAUGGGGGUAUUAGACGUAGACGGACCGUAUUUUGAUAUAGUAUUGCUGCUUCGAGAAAUCGUGGAGACUGCGCUUCAGACCCAGCAAGCCUAUCGUAUGAGUGUGUUACUGCCACGUGCAGAGUUAAACAGAGGAUACGCUGCGAUGCUGGUAAUCAACUGCUGGAGUACAGCUCUCGUAUAUUCUAUGUUCCAUUUGGAUGUCACGAAACGGAGGCUUGUAGCUGUACUGGCGGACUGUGCACUUGAUCUGGUAACAUCAAUGGGGAUUACAACAGUGCUAUUGGCGAUUUAUUAUCCAGAUUUCGAUUCCGAGCUUACUGGUUUCCCGCCCCACAAAUGGUACGAGGACGUCUGGAUCGUUCACGUAUUGAGUGAGUUUCAGAUUCUGCUAGUAAGCUCGUGGGGAGAUUUAAUCCUGCGCGUGGUGUUCGCUCUAAGUAUGAUCAGCAACAUGAACAAUAUGAAGAAAUUGCUGAGUAUGAAGAUGCCAAAGCGACAGUCAACCAAGCUCAAACAUCAGGUGACAGUCGUGAUGCCGUUGAAUCCUUCUCGAUCCGACGUCACGGAUUCUCGUACCCAGAGCAAGUUAGAUCUUGUCGUGGCUUCGGAAUCUCGAAUCACGCAGAUACUAUUCUUCGUAUGGGGUCUUGCGAUUCUUGUGCUUCACUUGUAUGCCGAAUCCAUUCCUAAACUGCCACAAUGUAAGAUGCAAGUGAAGCCGUGGCUUAUCACGGAGCCGUCGUGUUCUCUGUUGGUGUUUGAUUGCUACGAAUCGAAAGUUUGUGGCCAAGCGAGCGAGUUUAUCGGUCAGUGGAGCCAAUUUGAUCGAAAAACUACCAAUCGCGUGGUGAUACGCCACUGUCCUAAGCUCGAAAUGCCAGAGUUACUAACUGACUUUUCACGAAUGGAAGUGCUCAAGGUCUACAAUUCCACCAUCUUAAACUGGAACGAUAGCGCUGCACUGACACUAUCCUACCACCCUAAUAUUAUAGCACUCUAUCUGGUACGAGUAAAUCUGCCUAAUGGUGAGCUACCGGCUGGUCUGCUUAGUGACGAUUUUCCACAAUCUCUGGUAGAUAUCGAGCUCUGUGCUACAAAUCUACGCUCGUUGCACGAGGAUUUCGAUUUGAAAUGGCCUAAAAUCGCAAGUAUUUAUUUAGAGAGAUGCGAGUUCACUGAAGUUCCAGAGUCGUUGGCGAGACUUGCGCCAGUGGAUCUCUCGCUAGCAGGAAAUCCAAUCACAGCUCUGCCAUCCUCGAUAUUUAAGGAGGGGGUUGGCUACUUCCACGUUGGCAGUACCCUCAUCUCUGAGCUUCCUGCUAAUGUUACCGACAUAUCCAGCUUGGUUGUACUGCGAGUGGAUAACACGACGAUAUCGUUCUUCUGGGAUUGGAUCGACCCUCUAGUUGAACACAGUGAUCCUGUGGUUUCUGUUAUCCACCCGAUCCUUGCUACCAAUACCCCGUACUGCACAGAUCUUCGGCGAAUUUAUAGCGGCAAGCAGACGACGUUCUCAGCGCCUUGGAGGGAUGGACAGUCUAGUGUUUUAUCGAACGCAUCAGCGGAGAACUGGCCUCUUCUUCAAGUAGCAGUGGCUUGUGACCCGUGGCCAAGCACAUGGUACCCUCUCGAUUUUGAAGAUAUUUACAGUGGGAUCCAAGACAAUUAG